UCCUCAGCUCAGGAAAACGCCGGCAAACGAUCCCGGCAAAUGACGCCGCCGGAAAACGUUUACCACGCCGCGCCCUGCUCGGACCCACGCUCCGAUAUCAUCCUGGAGCUGCUGUUGGAGAUGAUUUUCCGGGAUUUGCACCCUCUGUCCGUGGUGAAGGAUAAAGGUUUCGGGCUCCUGGUGGGAUACCUGGAGCCCAACUUUGCCUUGCCGGUGCCGGCGCAGCUGGCCAGCAUGCUGCGGCACCGCUACACUGUGAUGAAGCGGCAGCUGGAGCGGUACCUGCAGCCGGCGCAGGCCGUGGUGCUGUGCGUGGAGCUGUGGCCAUCACUGUUGGGCCCGCUCUACCGCAGCGUCAGCGCUUGCUUCAUCGACGGCGAGUGGCGGCGAGCGCGGUGCGCCCUGGAGACGCGGCCGGCGCCGGAGGGGGAAGGGGAGGCGGGUGAGGGGCUGUGCGCUGUCCUCUCCAAAUUCGGCGCGUCCGGCAAAGCCGUUUUCUGCGUGAUGCGGGACGCGGCGGCGGACGCGGCGCAACCGCAGGGCUGGAGCGGUCUGUGCUGCGCCGCUCGCACCCUGCACCGCUGCGUGGCGGCGGGGCUGGAGGUGGAGCAGGUCCGGGAAGCUCUGGGUGCCGCCCGCGGCAUCGUGCGGUAUUUCCAGCAGGACGCCAAAGCCACCGGGUCCUUGAACGGGAAGUUGGAAGCCACCAAGAGGACGAGGCUGAGCCUGGCGCUGGACGCGGAGGCGCGGUGGCUGAGCACGGCGGAGAUGUGCGAGAGCCUGCUGGAGCUCAAGUGGGCCGUCAUGGCGGUGCUGGAGGAGCACCCCGAGGGCGCGGCGGCCGCGCCGCGCUUGGCCGAUGGCCAGUGGAAGCUCCUGCAGGACCUGGUGGGGGUGCUGAGGACCGUCAGGAUCGCCGUCGCCUUCCUGCGGGAGGAGCAGAACGCCUCCAUCUCCUCCCUCCUGCCCUGUGUCCACGGCGUCGCCGCCGCCAUCGGGCAGCAAGCGGAAGAAGCCGGCACCGGCGCCGUCAUCCGGACGGUGGUGGGGAACAUCAGGGCGGAGCUGAGGCGGUGCUGGGGGUCGGCGGAGGACGAGAAAGUUCUGGAAAACCCGGCGGUUAUCGCCUCCUUUCUGGACCCGCGCUUCAAGGAACUGAGGUUCCUCAGCCCGGCGCUGCGCAACGAGCUCCAUCAGCGCGUCAAAACCAUCUUGUCGCAGAUCUCCAACCCCCAGGCCCCCGCCGGCGGCCGCUUUUGGACGCUCUGCUGGGACUACAAAGCCGAGGGGGGGGAGGGCAACAGCCAGCCCCCUGCCCCCAAGGAGCAGAGCGCCAGCGCAGCGCCGCAGAGCCCCUAUGAUAUCCUGCUGGGGAAGGAUCCGACGGAGAGCAUGCCGGAGAUCCACCAGCAGCUGGAAAAUUACAUCGUGGAACCGCUCUGCAAGCGCAGCACCAACCCCUUGGACUGGUGGAAGAAUAACGAGCACCGCUUCCCGGCCGUGGCGCGGCUCAGCCGGCACUUCCUCGCCAUCCCCGCCACUGCCACGCCGCCCGAGCAGGCCUUCGCCACCGGCGAGAGCGCCCUGCAGCACCGGCGAGCUGGCCUGGCGCCGGAAAACCUGGACCAAAUCCUCUUCUUGCACCAAAACUUUGAUUUUCUGGACGUCGUCAGGAGGGGUAACGAUCCUCGCCACAGAGCCCUGCGCUAACGCGCGUGGAGGGACACCAAACCCACCCCGAGCGCCGCCAAGGGAUUAUUUUUUUAUCCCCAAAUCCCACCUACGCGUUGGGGUAACCGCCUCGGCGCGAGCCACAGAGCCCACGAGCGCUUUUCCACGCGUAAACCAACUCAGGCCUCAUCGCCGCAGCUCAGCACCAUAACAUCCGUCAAUCAGAGUGCUCGUCCCGCCGCACCCCAUUUUAUUUCCUUUUUUUCUUUCCUUUUUGGAAGGAAACGGGCGCUUCCAGCCGCGCAGCGUCUCCCCGGCGUUGCUGCCGAGACGCGCAGCCCGCCUCGCCUGCCGAAAACAUCGGCGAUGGAAAAGCCCGGCCUUGUUUUCGCCAGGCGGCUGCUUUCCCUUCGGGAUCAGAUAAAAAAAGUUUUUUGAUUUGAUUUUUUUAUAAAUACAAGGGUUGGGGGGGAAGCAGAAGGAAAACGAUCAACGCUCCGCAAAGCUGCCGUUGGGUGAAGGAACUGCCCCAGAGAUCAUCCUUUAAAGAGGAAAACGGAACUGAAAUACGCGUCGGGUCAUACUGGAUGUGAGUAUUUGGGAAAAAACACAGAAAAGCCAUGAAAAUCUGUGGCCUGGCAACAAGGAAAACGCCUUUUAUCCCUCUAAUGCCAGCAGAGACACGACUCUUAUCAAAUUCCUUUGCUGAAUUAAUCAAAUCCUCGGUUUUCCGGCACCCGAGGCAGCGUCAGUGAUGCGGCCGCACACCAAGCGGCGUGCUGCCGAAGAACAGGCGCAGGUUCAGGCCAGCAAUCAAACAUAACGAACUUUAAUGGUUUAAUUACCGCUGGCGUAACAGGCAAGGGCAGUCCAGAAGCGGCUGGGCUCGGGGGAGCGCCACGCGCGAGGUCCCGAUGCGCCGCGGGGCUUCGCGACAGGACCGAGGCGUUCGCGACGGCGGCGAUUUCUCAUUAAUUUCCCUGUUGUGCCUCUUUCUGCCCCAGAAGCACGGGCUGAGGGCGCUCAGCGGGAGUUUUAGACGGAGGCAAAGGACUCCUGGAAGCAAAAGCAGAUGGAAGUUGCUCCCGGGAUUUGUAUUUUGCUAUUUCAGUCCCAAAAAACAGGCUGUGCUCCCCCAGCCCCACGCACUUGGCGCCCGGGGCGAUGCCUCCGCGGCUCUUUCUGUCAAACAACGCUGAGAAAACCCAAAUCCAUUUUCAAAAAAAACACGUGCCGGGCACAAUGCUGCAGCUUUUCUUCCCCAAACCCCUUUUCGUGGAUGUUCUCCGCACCGGGUGGUUUUCUCCAGCAGGAAAAGCCCAGGUUGAUUUUCUGGGAUCGGUGCGACUCCGCCAGGGCUCCAAGGCCAGAGAACGUCGGAGUUUGGGGUUUUCUCCUGCACCAACGAACCUGGUGGCUGCUCCAAAAUCCUGUUGCCCGUCAGUAGCAGAAGCAGCCGGCAGCCUUUGGGUCUUGUCCAGCUUCGACGCCGCUUCCAGAUGCUUCUGGAACCAUUUCGUCUUCAGGCGGCUUCACCUGCGGGCGGUGCUUCUUCAUAUGAGCGUUCCUCCCUUUUAUCUUCUCAAAUACCCUGGAAAUUAGAAAACAAACCAGGAUUUUUAAUUUAUUUUUUUUUUUUAAGACGAUAAACACUGUUAAACAAGCUUUGCUCUUUCUAUUUUGGUGAAUUUCUGUGUUAUUUUGACGCGUGGUACGGCAGGGUUCCAGCGCUUCGUGCCGCCGCUGUGCGGAACGUCGGCGUUGUUUUCAACAAGACAGAUAUUUGGGUCAAAAGUUGGUUGUAAAAUUCAAAUAAAAGCGCAAGGUGGCCAAAAGGGGCAGGGGCGGCCCUCCCGGCGCUCGCAGCUCCGCUUCCCCACGUCCCCCUAGGCACAAACUCCAUCACUUUCAAUCCCUUUUGGCCAAAAGCGGCAGGUUUCUAGAA